AGAAACAAUAAAAUCACCCACUCCUCACACACACACACAGACAAAGUAAAUAUAUACAGAGCCCAAGACAAGAUGGCCAAGCCCACAGCUGCUGAGCAAAGUGAAGGCAACAAUUGCAGGAACAAUUCCAACAGAAACAGCAGCAGCAGCAACAACAACAACAGCGCUGCAGCUGCCAAUAAAAACAAUAAUAAUAUUAAUAUUGAUAUAAAUACGAGUAGCGGUAAAUUGAAUGGCAACAUUUGCCAGCCAAGCCUGCCGGCACCGGCGAACACACCACUCAACAAGGCCAUAAGACAUGACCUGUUCCCGGAGGUCACAUUCUGCAAUCUGUCUGUCGAGGAGCUGCACAAGGGCCCCGGUCACAGUCGGAUGGUUCACAAUCGGAAUAGUGUCAUUGCCGUCGAUACGGAUGGCAGUCUGUUGACCAGCUUAAUGAAUGGCAACCAGGUGAAGAAGCGCAAGCGUUUGAUAUCGAAUGAAUCGGGUGACUCCAUCGAUUCGAGCAGCACCGAAAAGAAGACGCCCAAAAUGCCCGAUGGCGGCUAUGGUUGGGUUGUUGUCUUCGCUUCGCUGGUCGUUUCACUCAUUUGGGAUGGCCUCUCCUUCUCCUUCGGCCUGAUCAACACGGAACUGUUGGCCUACUUUGGCGAGUCGCCAUCGAAAACGGCAUGGAUUAGUUCAUUGUAUUUCUCGGUGCCACUGCUCAUGGGUCCCAUCUGGUCGAAUCUGGUGGAUAAAUACGGUUGCCGCAAAAUGACCAUAUUGAGUGGCAUCAUCUCCGGCUUUGGUUUUGCCAUUUCCUCCGUCUGCAAUUCCAUUGAAAUGCUGAUGGUCACGUUUGGCAUUAUUAGCGGUCUCGGUUUGGGCAUUGGCUAUGUCACCGCCGUUGUUUCGAUUGCCUUCUGGUUCGAUAAGAAGCGUAGCUUUGCCAUGGGCAUUGGCGCCUCUGGGACUGGCAUUGGCACCUUUGUCUAUGCCCGUCUCACGCAAUAUCUGGUGGAUUCGUAUGGAUGGCGUGGCGCCACCUUAAUCUUGGGCGGCACCAUUCUGAACGCCUGCGUUUGCGGCGCCCUGAUGCGUGAUCCCGACUGGCUGAUCGAGGAGAAUCGGCUGGAGAGCCGUUCGCAGAGCGUUACCACCUUUUCCAAUUCCAGUGUGUGCUUGGAGGAGAUCAAAAAGCUGCUGGACACCGGCAUCACCAAGGAGGCCGUACUCGAUACGCUCGUCACGAAGAACAACACGGAGGCCAAUCAGCAAAUCGAUGAUCCACUCGAUUCGGGCCUGAAACGCUAUCGCAGCGAAUUAUUUUUGCCCACCUUUCUCAGCGUCCAGGAGCUAGACAGCAUCUGUGAGGUGAAGAGCUUGAGCCGCCGUUCACUGAGGCACAGAGAAGGCGCCGAGGCGCCCUCUCGCGACAAUCUCUUGUCCAUGUCUUCCGGUACAGCGGCCUAUGGAACAACGGCGCCUAUUUUGGGUUCACCGGAUGAUACGCUCAUGGGUGGCAUAGCGCCCGAAAUUGUCGAGGCCUCCAAGAAGAGCUAUUUGGCAUCGAUAGAGACGCUGUCGCCAUCAGAAAAAAGAUCCUCAGUUGCGGCCUGCUCACCGAUUGGCUCGCUGCGCUCCUCGGACGAGGGCUAUCUCACACAGAAACACAACGAGGCGACAUAUGCGAGUUCGCGGUAUUCCCUCAACGAGAACAUGUUCAUGGCCAAGCACAUCACGCCCUCGAUGUCCAAUUUGAAGCUGAAUGGACUGCGCCACAAUUCGGUGGAUAUUUUGAGCGAUGACAUGCACACUUACUACAUGUCCGUCAAGGAGGAGUCCUAUGCACUGCUCGCCCAACAUCCCAAGCCGCACAUAAGGCCGACAGUAAUUGCCAUUCCCGAGCAUGAGCAGAACAGCGAACUGGCGCUGAGACGCGCUCGCCUGGACAGCAUUACGGGUAUACGGCGUCUCUCCCGCUCCAAGAAGCCCAGCCAGCAUCGCUCGAAUCUGCGCCGCAAUAUCUCCAUUCGGAACUCGAACUAUCUGAAGGACAUGCGCAUUCAUCGCAACUCCAUACACUAUCGGGGCGCCAUGCUGAAUACGCAUCGAUAUCAUUUGCGAGCCUCUUCCUGCCCGAACAUCUAUCGCAACUCGAUGACAACCAUUGCCAAGGAGGAGGAAGAUACCUGGUAUGAUAACUUUGUGGACACCAUGAAAUCUGCCUUUGACUUUUCACUGUUUUUGGAUAAGAAAUUUGCGCUCUUCAAUCUAUCCACAUUGUUUUUGUUCAUUUGGUUCAUCAUACCCUAUCUUUAUCUGCCCGAAUAUAUGAAGCAAUAUGACUACGAGGUGAGCGUUAGCGCCGUUCUCAUAUCGGUAAUUGGCGUUGCGCAAACGGUGGGCAUGAUUGGGCUUGGCUAUCUGGGCGAUCGGCCCUGGAUGAACAUCAAUAUAUGCUACUCUCUCUGCAUGCUGGUUUGUGGUGCUUCGGUGUUUUUUAUGCCCAUGCUGAUCACCAGCUAUAAUGGACUAAUGACGAUGUGCAUCAUCUUUGGCUUCACAUUUGCCAGCUCAUUUUCAUUUACGCCCAGCAUACUGGUCAGUAUUGUUGAUUUGGAUGAUUUCACUUGUGCCUACGGUUUGGUGCUGCUGGUGCAGGGCAUCGGCAUGAUUGCAGGUCCGCCCUUGGGAGGUGCUAUCUAUGAAUUGAUGGGCAGAUGGGACGACUCAUUCUAUUAUGCGGGCAUAUUUAUAGCACUCUCCGGCGUCUGUUCGUAUAUGAUUGAGUUUUGUGAGAAGAAAGCAACUAAGGAGAGUGAUAGUGAUGUCUCAGAGACUAAAAAAGCUCAACUUUUACAUUAGUUUACUUACAAAUAUAAACACACAAAAUGUCUGUAGAGAAAACCAAAAAAAAAAACAAAAAACAAAAAACAAAAACAAAUUAGAAACAAAAAUCACAAAAAUAUAAUUCAAGGUACUUCAACUGACAAAUUUAGUGCAAUUAAGCAGCGCUGCGGCCUAAUAACAAACACAAAAUAAUGGACUAGCAUUAAAUGUUAUCAAGUUUCUUAUGUCAAAUGCUGUUGCAGCUAAAAAAAAAAAAAAAAACUCAGAGCGAAUUAGUAGAUAAUUUAUUAAUUAAAUACACGUUAUUCACAUAUAAGCAAAAAAAAACAAAAAACAAAAACAUAAAAUAGACUUGAAAACCAAUCACAAAGAAGCAUAUUAGAUAGUUAACGCACUAGGACAACUACAUUGUACGUUUGUAUGUAUACUCCAAUAAAACAAAUAAACAAACACCUGCAUACUUAUACCAUGUGGCUCAAACUAACCAAUUAUAUAUACCAACAUUUAAUAUCAAUGCAGUGCAUCACUGCCAUGCGCAAAACGGGUUGCCCAAUUUGUCUUCUUUAUAAACGAUUAGUUUUAAUUGUUGUAAAAUCAUAUUUCAGAAAUGCCUCAAAUUAACUGGAACAACAAACCAUAACAAAUACCAAUACCAAUCUAUGUAACGUAUGCAAUAACUUAAAAGGCAAUUUGCAAUCAACUUAACUCACAAAGUCUUCAAACCGAAAAAUAAAAUGAAAUGAUUAGAAAUAAAAUAAAUAGCUUUUGAUUAAGUAAAACUUAUGUAAAUAUGACAAUUCUAACGAAAAAUCCAGAUAUUUAUAAACAGCACCCGAAUUGCAAAUGAUUCGCAACAAUUUAGCAGUUUUCCCAAUUUGUCAUAAAACAAAAAAACUAUACAGUUUAAGUAUUAUUAAACAAUUAAUUGAGAAGUUUACGUAGCUCACUGAAAACCAUUUAGCGUAUACCUAACAGCAUAUAGAUUUAUUUUACUAUGUAGCGCACUUCAAUUUAGGCUAAAAACAAAUUAACUAACGUCAAGAUACAACAUCUACGUAUGCACAACUGUAGCCUAGAUGAUCUUUCAAAAAAAUCACUAAAACAUUUGUUUAUAUCCCAUAAGCACAACUCUUAGCAAAUACAAAA